CUCCCCCUCCCCCUCUGGAGGAAGACGCCGCUCGGUCCAGGCGCCGCCGUCGCUGCUCUCCGUCCAAGGUUCUCUGGAGGUUCUUCCUACCCAUUAGGGCUCAACCCCCUGGAACAAAUGAAGCCUCACGUAACGUACCAGCAGCUGAAGAGCCUGCACAUCCCCACAGAGCUGCCACUGGUGGAGCAGCCACGCCCGGCCACGCCCAAGGAUGUCCGCUGCAUCUUGGUGAUGGCCAUCUUGUCCACAAUGCUGGCGGCAGCACUGCUAGCGCACAUGCUCAUCCUGCCCUUGAGCAAUGAGGCUUCUGUGGAGAACGUGGCAGCUGCUCCAAAGCUGGGCGACACGUGCAGCGACCCAUGCAGGAGCGUGCUGCUGGAGAGCAUUCCCGAGGGGCUGACGUACGAUGACAACAGCACUGUCAGCCCCUCCACUUUUGAGGCCUGGCUGAGGCUUCUGGGGGAUGCGAGAAGCACCGUGGACAUUGCGUCGUUCUAUUGGAGCCUGAGAAAUGAGGACACCCACACCCAAGACCCUUCAGCCAGCCAGGGGGAAGAAGUCCUAGCCGAGCUGCUGAAAGUGCCGAGCCGAGGGGUCACCCUGCGGAUUGCGGUCAACCCACCCUCCUCCCGGAUCCCCAGCAACGACCUCCAGGCGCUGGAGGAGAGCGGUGCACAGAUCCGCAAAGUCAACCUGCCCAAGCUCACCACGGGGGUGCUGCACACCAAAUUCUGGAUCGUGGACCAGACGCACAUCUACCUCGGGAGUGCCAACAUGGACUGGCGCGCCCUCACCCAGGUGAAGGAGCUGGGCGUGGCUGUGUACAACUGCAGCUGCUUGGCUCGGGACCUGGGGAAGAUGUUCGAGGCGUAUUGGGCCCUGGGGCUGCCCAACGCCACCAUCCCGUCGCCCUGGCCGGCCAACUACUCCACCCCCUAUAACAAGGAGACACCCCUGGAGCUGAUGCUGAACGGUACCGAUGCACGCGUGUACUUCUCGAGUGCUCCGCCAGCCCUUUGCGCCACUGGGCGUACUGAGGACCUCCAGUCCCUGCUGAGCAUCAUCGAUGAGGCCCAGGAGUUUGUCUACAUUGCUGUGAUGAGUUACUUGCCCACCAUGGAGUUCUCGCACCCCCAGAGGUUCUGGCCCAUGAUCGAUAACCACUUGCGGGAAGCGGCCUACGAGAGACAGGUCCGUGUCCGGCUCCUGGUCGGCUGCUGGAGGCACUCCAAGGCCCCCAUGUUCCCGUUCCUGCGGUCUCUGGCUGCCUUGAAGGACAACCGGACUCACUACAGCGUGGACGUGAGGCUGUUUGUGGUUCCAGCGAACGAGACGCAGGCCAAGAUCCCCUACGCCAGAGUCAACCACAGCAAGUUCAUGGUGACGGACAAAGUGGCUUACAUCGGAACAUCCAACUGGUCUGGGGACUACUUCCUCCACACUGCCGGAUCUGCCCUGGUUGUGAAUCAGAGCUACACAGAGGCCGAGGAGCAGCCUACAGUUCGGGAGCAGCUGCAGGCUAUCUUCGACCGGGACUGGAACUCAAGAUACAGCCAGGAAUUGAGCUUGCUGGGCCAGUGGCAAGAUCUCUGUGGGGCUCAUUAGACAAUUUCCGCUUGUCCCAUCGUCCUGCUGAGCUCCUGCCAAGUUGGACACAGCCGGUGUGCCUGCCCAGGGAUUGCCCCCGCCCCCGC